AUGAUGAAACCCCGCGUCGACCGACUCCAGGUCUACGAGUCUCCGCAGCACCUCGUCCUGCUCGGACACCGGCGCCGCACCGGCCGCUGGCGCAUUGCGGUGGCGCUGCUCGGCGCCGUCCGCUUCCUCGACGCCUACUACCUGCUCUUUGUCACGCGGCGCGAGCCGGUCGGGAUCCUCGCCGGUCACACCAUCUUCCGGGCGGAGGAGACGGCGAUGAUCUCGCUGCGGCCGGGCGGCUUCAGCACAGCCAGCCGUGUGCUGGGUGUGCUGACGCAGCUGCGGCUCGGCGGGCGGCACUUUUCGGGGCGGUGGGGGGAGUCGUGGGACGAGGGGUGGGCGGAGCGGCGCUACCGCUCCCUCUUUCUCGCGAUGGACCUGACACGCGACUUUUACUUUUCGUACACCUACGACCUCUCGCGCACGCUGCAAGAGAGUGCCCCACCGCUGCCCCUCCGACUGAGAAUGCGGGCGCCGGCGGCGUUUGUCUGGUCGCACUACCUGAUGUUGCCCGUGCUCCCGAAGCUGCGCGACGGCAGCUGGCUUGUGCCGUUGGUGCACGGCUUCUUCCGCCAGUGCUCGCUCGCUCUCUGCGGCCGCCUGAUCACCCUCACGCUGCUCGCGCGCCGCUCGCGCCUCUUCGCGGGCGCGCGCUUGCUCAAGCGCGGCCUCUGCGCCGCCGGUCACGUCGCCAACGAGGUGGAGACGGAGCAGGCCCUGCACGCAGGCCGGCUCGCCUCGUUCGUGCAGCUGCGUGGCUCGGUGCCGCUGGUGUGGGGGCACGGCGAGGAGGGGAGGCACAUGAUCCCUCGGCCCGACAUCUGCGUCCAGAGCAUCGACCCGAGCUACAGCUACACCCUCCGACACCUCGAGGAGCUGUGGGGGCGGUACGGCGGCCCUCUCGUCCUCUUUGACCUCGUGCGGCAGGCCGAGAAGCGGCCUCGCGAGACGCUGCUCGGGCGCGGGCUCGCCGAGGCGGUCGAUGCGCUGCAGGCGCGGCUGCGGCGCGAGCGCCACCCACAGCGUGACGGCGGGCUGCGGUACGUCCCUUUCGACUUCAAGAAGGAGUCGAAGCGCAAGGGGUCGGACGUGCUCGCGGCAGUCGAGCGGCUGGCGCUCCACAUGGUUCUGGUGCUCGAGGCGGCACUCGAGGAGAGGCCCGCCAGCCCUUCGCACCCACGCAAGGGCGCGGGGCCGGCAAGAGCCGCGGCGGGCGUCGGCGCGGCCAACGGCGGCAUGCUCGUCGGUGGGGGCGGGCUGGGCGGUCUCCUCCCCGGCGGGCAGGGCGGCGUCGGCGGCUUCUCCUUCUCCUUCACCUCGACGAUGGAGCCGUCGUCGCCCCGAGACGUGCAGCAGCUCGAGCAGCUCGCGCGCUCGACCUCGAACGACUCGCUCGACUCGGCCAAUGGCUCGGGCGACGCGUCGCCGCUCGCGCGCGGCCUCGCGCCGCGCGCGUUCCAGACGCCGCUCCCUCCCUCCGGCGGCGACGCUGCAGGCAGAGCCGGCGCCACCCUUCACGAGCUCGUCGCCGACGCGGACGGCGGAGCGAGGCGCGUCCCGCACCGGCAGUCGGGCGUCGUGCGCACCAACUGCAUCGACUGCCUCGACCGCACGAACGUGGCGCAGUUCUGCAUCGGCCGCUGCGUGCUCAAGCAGCAGCUGGCCGCGCUGGGGGUGAGCCGGGUGGAGCCUCGCUUCUCGGCCGGCAGCCGCGGCCAGGCGGCCGGCGGGCAGAAGGGGUCCGAGGGCGGGUGCAUUCGUGCUGUAGGCACCCAGCUCGCGCUGCAGUACGCGGGGUCGCAGGCGCUGCACGCCACGAACUCGAACGCGGCCAAGGACUUCUUGCAGUCCGUCAAGCGCUUCUACCGCAACACCUUCACCGACGUCGAGAAGCAGCACAUCAUCGACGUCUUCCUCGGCGUCUUUCACGCCCUGUUUGACGACCUCUACGCGCCCCGCGGCCACGUCUCCUUUGACAGGUUGCUCUCGCGCCCCUUUGCGCUGCCCUUCGUGCCAAAGGGCGCGAGGCUGCACGGCAGCGGUGCUGGCUCCGCCUCUGGCGGCGGUGACGAGCAGCACCUCGUCUCGCCGAGUGGAGAGGAGGCGUGGCCAGACCGCAGCAGCGCGGGCGACGGCACCGCCGCACUUGCCGCCGCCGACGCCGCCCUCGGCGUACCGGGCGGCCGAUGGGGGGCCGCCGGCUACUCGGAGGGCGCGGUGGAGCUUGCAAAGGUGGGGGAGCUGCCCGUGAUGCUGCCCGCCGGCUAUGCGUACCGGCGGUACACGGCGCCGUUGCAGGCGGCGGCGGUGGCAACGAGGUGAGCAGGGAGCAUGCAGGGAGCCCCCUCGCGCUUUUCGGCUUUACGUAGUGUCUGACGGCGAGGGGCGAGCCCGGCGGGGCCAACGCGCGCCCCCGGGGCCCGGGCGUCGGUGAGAGAGCUUUCUCCGGCCUCGGCUCGCGCCGGGGGAAGCGAGCUUUGCACGGCG